AGCGCGAGCGACGCUCUUCUAACUGUUUGGAUUCAGAUCGGGAAAAUUGCAUCCCCCGCACGGCACGACGCUAGUUGACCAUCAUCCCAGUGAAGAGCAUCAAACACGGCACCCUUGGCAGUCAGUUGCUAUUUGGACUACCAACCAGUCGGUCGAUCACAAACAGUAACCAGCGGUAAGCAAUUGCGGUGGAUACGCGCGGUCGAAUAUUGUUUCGGUCCGGUGGUGAUUAUCGUCCUACCGUGCAACAAUCUAAAAAGUAAAAGAAACGCUGUUCGCGCAAAAUUUUUCCCUGUUGGAAAAGCUGCUCGUGCUUUAUUAUUACAGUGCUUAUCGUUAAUCCCGCAUUGAAUUUUAUUACCAGGCGGGAAAUUUCAAUAAUAAACAAACGGAAAACGCAUUCGAAACUCAUCACUGCCUCCGCCACCCACUUUCUUUGUAUCAAUUCGUAGUCAUUAUCAUCGUCGUCCUCGCCGCGGUCGACGAACGAACCAAAACAAAGCGAAAACUAUUUAAACUUGAAAGCCGAAAGCCGCGAGUCCGAGUAGUGUUGGUGUGCGAGCGAGUGCAUUCUUUCAGUGCUAUUUUCCCACCCUUACCCCCCAGCAAUCGUUUCGCUGUCGCCGGGUGAUUUUUUGUUGUUUUGUUUAUUCAAAGCGCAAACCAGGAAAAGCGCGAACGGGGUUCAAAGGGUGCACCUAAGCGAAACAAGUGCCAGCGCGAGGGGGAAAACAGCUGUUUUUGGCUUAAGACGCAGGCAAGAAAGUGAAUCAAGUGGUCGACGGGUCAAGCCAUCUGAAGUUGCAUAAUCGCGUUAACGUAACGAAAGAGAAAAAAUCAACAACAAGUGGUGGUUGAAUUGUCGAAUCGAACCGCCACAGUGCAGUGAUUAAAAUUUCAGCCGGCUACCUCGGCAGCUUCCUCUCGAACAGCCUCAAGACCAACCAGCUGGAGGUCAACACCGACUCGAAGACGCUCCGGCCGAUCGCUCGCCUCAAGGAACCGCGGGAACUUUUCGCACUGCCGAAGGAACGGGACUAUGACUGCCCCCAGCAAGCCCCCAGAUGGCCAAUCGAGUGCCAGGUCCUGGAGGAGCGGAUUUACCACAUCAACUACGCACCGGAAACGCCCGAGCCGUACUAUCAGCCGACGGGGAAGGAGCUCCAGCCGCGGCCCGUGGGCGAGGAGAACGGCGUAAUCGUGUUCAACUACAAUCCGACCAGCGCGGUCCAUUAUACGAUGAAACUGACCAUGACGAUGAUUCGGAUGCGAGUAACGGUUUUCCAUCCGGGCAGGCUCGCUUCUACAGCAGUCCGGUGCUGGAUCUCGACGAUGAUUCCAACUGGCGCUACUUCGGGUACAGCGAUGAGGACAACGGAGGCGGGUCCUCCGACGAGGAAUUGGUAAACAACGGGGUGCUACGGUACGGUCGCAACGAAUUCGACACAAACCUAAACUACGAUCAGAUCAAUGCCGAGUCCGAAAUCUUCACCAGGGAACAGCUGAGGACAAUGGCUUUGGAACAGCCUUGUCCUGAGCCUCUGCGUCAGACGAAAACCUCGGAGUCGUCUGGUAAAGACGACGAAGAGGACGAUGACGAUGAUCAGGAUCAAAAACAGGGCGGUGACCGAACGUCACCUCACAUAGCUAACCCUAACGGUGGUUGCAAGACGUCCAGUACGGCAAACUUCUACGCCAGUGACCCCGAAUCCGAUAACGACUCGGAGGGCGAGCAGAGCAAGCACGAAAUCCAAUCGGCACCAACACUGCUGCACCUCAACCCCACAGCAGCCACACUGCACAGCAACAAUCCACUCGACACCGACACACACUCGUCAACCGAUGAAGGUUCAUCACCGACUGCUUCCGUUCCACAGUUUAGCCGCUCGACGGUGGGCGGCUCCAAAGCCCAACCGACGGCCCACCCGAACUCGUUCGAUCCGGACGAUCUGGUGUUCGAGUCCCGGUUCGAGAGCGGGAACCUCGGUCGGGCGAUCAAAAUCACUCCAACGUACUACGAGCUGUACCUCCGGCCGGACAUGUACACCAACCGGCACACGCAGUGGUUCUACUUCCGGGUGAAGAACACCAAAGCCAAGAUGGUCUAUCGGUUUUCGAUCAUCAACCUCACGAAACCGGACAGCCUGUACAAGGAGGGCAUGCGACCGCUGAUGUACUCUACCAUGGACUCCGAAUUCAAUCACGUUGGCUGGCAGCGCUGUGGUGAGAACAUCGCCUACUUCCGAAACGAUAGCGAAAAUGGGUACAACCACAGCAACUACCACCACCGGCCGGUGGACGACGACGACGACGAGUUCGUGGGGAAUGCCUCGUUCACGCUGUCGUUCAACAUCGAGUUCCGGUACGACGACGACACGGUUUACUUCGCGCACAGCUACCCGUACACCUACUCGGACCUGCAGGACUAUCUGAUGAGCAUACAGCGCAACCCGGUCAAGUCGAAGUUCUGCAAGCUGCGGCUGCUGUGCCGCUCGCUGGCGGGGAACAACGUGUACUACCUGACGGUGACGGCACCGUCGACGCACGAGGAUGACAAUCAGAAGAAGAAGAAAGCGGUAAUCAUCUCCGCACGUGUUCAUCCAGGCGAGAGUCCUUCGUCGUGGAUGAUGAAGGGCCUCAUGGACUUUAUCACCGGUGAUUCAUAUGUGGCGAAAAAGCUUCGCCACAAGUUUAUUUUUAAGCUAGUGCCUAUGCUCAAUCCGGACGGUGUCAUUGUGGGCAACACCCGCAGCUCGCUGACGGGGCGGGAUCUCAACCGACAGUACCGGACCGUGAUCCGGGAGACGUAUCCGUCCAUUUGGAACACCAAGGCAAUGAUUAGAAGACUGAUGGAGGACUGUGGCGUCGCAAUGUACUGCGACAUGCACGCCCACUCACGCAAGCACAAUGUGUUCAUCUACGGGUGCGAGAAUCUAAAGCGACAUCCCGAUCGGCGGCUGCUGGAGCAGGUCUUCCCGCUGAUGUUGCACAAGAAUGUCGCCGAUAAGUUUUCGUUCGAAAACUGCAAGUUCAAGGUGCAGAAAAACAAGGAAGGCACCGGACGAAUCGUCGUCUGGGUGCUCGGAGUGACCAACAGCUACACCCUGGAGGCUUCCUUCGGUGGAAGCACGAUGGGUGGCCGAGCGGGGACGCACUUUUCCACGGCGGACUACGAGCACAUCGGCCGGGCCUACUGCGAGACGCUGAUGGACUACUACGACGAUAAUCCGAUCAAAGAAAAGCUCCGCAUGAAGAUUCUGACCAGGCUGUCUAAGGAGGGUUCCAGUGCGGAGGAACCGCUUAACAUCCCACUGUCGGAUUAUUCCAGCGACGAAGGCGACACCAGCACCAGUAGUUCCGAGGAUGAAGCCGGCAAGGACAGCAUGGCGGAGCUGGAGGGCCCAUGCUGUUCAUCGCUCAGGGUACCGCCGUCAUCCCCGGUUCUACCGCAGAAGUUCAAAGGAAACAAGAAGGGUAAGAAGUCGCUGAGCCGAACUCCAACCAAACCGUACCGGCGGAGAGCUCGCAAUGCGCACCGGAUCGUUCUGGACAUUCCCACCGCGGAGCCGGCUAGCGAUUUCUUUGACUGCACCUCGGACGAAGAUUCUUCCCCGUUCGGGGGCGGUGGCAGUCAACAGCCCCAUCAGCUGGCAAUGUCCGACACGGAAAACACCGUCAAGCGUAGUUUCCGGAGGAGGCACAAGUACCGCCAGUCCGAUCGGAUCAAGAAGCUGACGAUGCUGGGCUGUGAGACGCAGUACCUCAUGCCGCCGGAGUUGAUCGUGCGAUCGGCGGCCAGCCGGUACCUGUCGGAGGAGGAAGACGACAAGAACCGGAUGGUGAUGAGUAUCAUCAAGGAGUUUCCACCGAUUAGCAAGGAGCGCUCGUGGCAGGGGUUCAACCGGGCCACGGCAGAGAGGAAUCGAGCCGAAUUGAUCAAACCGAUGAGUCCGGACCACAUCUUUGCCCAUCUCUCGUUCAAGCGUUCCAUCUGGACCGGAACCCAUUCGGAUGGAUACGUGAACGAAGCAGCGAACACCAUCAAUUCUCGACCCUUAUCCUGGGGAGUCCCACCGGUGCUGGUUAAGUCCACCCACUAUGACAAUGAAGCCCUGCUAACUGCAUGCUCGCAGAAGCUCGCCGCUUGGAAGGACGAAAAGCGUAGCCUCAAAGAGAAGCACCACAAAAGCCUGUCCAGGCUGGCCGCCAAGGACAAGGAAAACCGUUCGGCCGCCGCCAGCAGAAUGAAACAGAAUCUUACAGAUCAGUACAAUUCAGGGAAGCAGAAGACUACAUCCGAUAAGAAACUCAGCGAUAGCUCCGAAGGUAGCGGCAUCGCCAAAGUUCGACGGAAAACUAGAUCAACGCUCAACAAAAUCGCCGAAAAGGCUGAAAUCAUCACUCACCUGUCCCGUAGUGCCCGUUCCGGUCAAUCCCGUCGAAUGGCGGUCGCAGCCGCUGCUAGUCUGUUCUCCUCUUCCGGUUCCCCACGGAAAGCCACAAGCACCAGCAAUCUUCUAGGUCCGGUGUCCGGAUCACAAACCCAACUGCUCGUAUCGAGUCAAUCGCUGAAAACGCCAAUCCACACAGGCGCCAAUAAGUUCAAAACCGGCGGAAUUGUCGUGACGGCCGCCCAACCUCUGCACCACUCGAAGCAACGCAAAACCGCACAGGGACACCUCAGAGCCGUCCGGACACCGUCCAAUAGCAACAACAACAACAACCAAUCCUUUUCCACUUCACCGACCAAACUGCCCACGACGACCACAAUCGAUAUUCAGCUGACCACACUCUGCUCCGAGACGGAAUCUGAAAAGAACGUCAAAAUCGUUAGCUCACAGAAGAAGCACAAAAAGAAGCACCGAAUAGGCAACAGGGACAAAUCGGCUUCCGGCGGACGGGCCCCGGUUUGACUGUUCCCCGUAGCAAAAUUGGUUUUCCAAAAUCGAUAGUUUCAAAAGCAAGUGAUUAUCAAUUUAUGAAGUCUUGAUUCCGAAAGUAGAUCAAACCGAAUCGGUCCAAAGGACCGGAAGUGCCCUUGUUGCCACUCAGCGCCUUAUUUGUAGAUUUGAUAAAUGAAUAAUAAAUCAAAACAUUUAUGUUUGUCAGUGUGAGAAAUAAUUACUAUUGAAGAUAAUGAUAAUAAAUUCAACUAGCCAGAA